AUGGCAGCAGGCACCAUAGUUCUUGCUCACAACUCUGGUGGACCAAAGAUGGAUAUUGUAGUGGACAGAAAGGGGACAAAAACAGGGUUUUUGGCCAGUGAUAUUACCAGUUAUGCAGAUGCAAUGGAAACCAUAUUCAACCUCACACCACAGGAGAGAAUGGAUAUAAGAAUGAAUGCCAGAGAAUCCGUGAAGAAAUUCUCAGAGGAAGAGUUUUCACAAGGGUUUUUGUCUUGUGUCAGAUUUAAAUACGCAGGUGUGCAAUAUGGCAAAGAAUGCUGGUGUGGUAAUGAGUAUGGUAAAUAUGGCCAACUCCAUGAGGCCUCCUGCAGUAGCAAGUGUCCAGGGGAGAGUGGAGCUCUGUGUGGAGGGUACAAGGCACAGAAUAUUUACCACACGGGGCUGGGAGAAAAGCCCAAUAAUGCUGUCCAUCUGGUCAGCUCUUUAUCAGAAGAGUUUCCAAAGAAUGCAGUGAGAAUUGCUUUUAUCUUGACUCUCAAUGGUAGAUCACUUAGGCAGACCAAAAGGCUUUUUAAGGCAUUGUUUCAUGUCAACCACUAUUACUACAUCCACGUUGAUUCACGUCAAGAGUAUCUUUAUAGAGAACUUGUGAACCAAUUGGCCAGAUUCCCCAAUGUACGUUUUGCUCCAGUCCGUAUGUCCACAAUUUGGGGCGGAGCCAGUCUUCUACAGAUGCUUCUCACUUGUAUUAAAGAUUUAUUAGCCAUGAAAGAUUGGAACUGGCACUUUGUUCUCAAUUUAAGUGAGUCAGACUACCCUGUCAAAACCAUUUGGGAUUUAACCAACUUCCUUACAAGGUACAGACACAAAAAUUUUCUCAAAUCACAUGGCAGAGAUACCCCAAGAUUUAUCAAGAAGCAGGGUCUAGACAGGACAUUCUAUGAGUGUGACACCCAUAUGUGGCGUCUUGGGACCCGUAGCCUUCCAGAUGGCAUUAGGAUAGAUGGCGGUAGUGACUGGAUUGCCCUAAGUCGUCCAUUUGCCUCUUAUGUUGUUCAUGGGGAUGAUGCCCUCCUUGAUGGGUUAAAAACAAUGUACAGAUACACACUUUUGCCUGCUGAGUCCUUCUUCCACACAGUUAUCCAGAACAGUAAAUUCUGCACUACAUUUGUGGACAACAAUCUUCACCUUACAAAUUGGCGCCGUAAGCAAGGCUGCAAGUGCCAGUACAAGCAUAUUGUUGACUGGUGUGGAUGUUCCCCAAAUGACUUCAAACAAGAGGAUCUCUCAAGAUUACUGGGAACUGCAGAAAAAGUCACAUUUUUUGCACGGAAAUUUGAAGCCAUUGUGGACCAAACUGUGAUAAACAAGCUGGAUGCUGUCUUAUAUGGAGACUAUCCAAAAGGAAUGCCCGGGCUAGACCUGUACUGGCAGCAUGACUUUCACCAUGAAGACAUCAACACCAAAACGGAUGACGCAUACUUCACUUUCUACCACUCAUUUAGUAGACAGACGGCCGAUAGGCUGGAAACAAUAAAUCGUUGCAGAAUUACACCUGAUGAAAUCAGAGAAGUAACUUUGUUUUCUGAAUCAGAUACAAUGUCUGGGAUAUUGGUUCUUUUUUCUGUUGUGUUUGAAGAAAGGCAGUAUCAAAUUGAGACUUACAUGAAACCCAAACACAAACCAACUAAAAUCCACAGUGUUGUAGGACCUGCUGGAAGACUGGUUUCUUUGCAGGUCGGCACAAAUUUUGACCCCAAAGAACUUGUGUUUCGAAAUUUUGGCAACUUUCUGGGACCCUACAGUGACAUUAGUUUACGACAUGAGUGGGGACAAGGCAAGGAAUUUGAUGUUACAGUUGUUUGGGUUGAUCCAGCUGGUGUGAUAGCUGGGUCUUUUGAAGAAACAGUGAAUCAGGGAGUAUAUGUAGGUGCUCAUAAACCACAGUUCCAAAAUCCUCUCAGACCAGGAAUAUGGACAGUUAGAUUAUUGACAGAUUGGCAUUUAAUGGCAGAGCAGGAAUUUUUUAUCUUGCCACUGUCACAUAUCAACAAGAGAAAGAUCACAAAGGAUGAGGCUUUGGCUGCCCACAAGGGUCCAGAAGGAUUUUACAAAGAGAAAGAUUUUUCAGAUCUACAGAGUGUGAUUUUAGUCACUGACAAGAAGGCGGAAUGUGAGAAAAAUGGUCAGAAAUUUGGCAAGGAUCUGUUUGACUGGAUUGACACGCUGAGUGCACAAUUAUGGUGGAUUGAAGAAACGUGCGUGGUUGAAUCAUCAACUUCUUUCCCAUGUGGAGAUUUAAGAAUCUGUGCAGACACAGACUGGAGUUCCAGAGCUCCAGAUCCCAAAUCAGAAAUAGGUUCAGUUGAUCCCCGUACAGGAAGGAUAGAGAGAUGACAUAGUUAAUAUUUAUUGUCAAUGUCUAAUUCUUAUGGUUGUUCUAGUUUCUGAUUCCGUAAGUAAUCAUGGUGGUCAGUGGUGCGUUUUAAAGUCUUUUUCCUGCAAUUUAUGCAAUGAUGCACAAAGGUGCGCCUGUUUCCUUGCUGUAACUGCUAUAUGUUAUUGAGGUAUAUUAUUGUCUCAUUUCUCUCAAAUGUACGUAAUGACAUUUUUACAUCAUGCCCUUUACACAUAUUUGAGCUUUGCUGUCAAAUUUAUUUAUGCUAUGCAGUUAUAAAGGAGUGAACAGUAUAAACAUUGUCGUUGCCAGGGUAUGUUUUAUGAGUAUAUAUAAUAUUUAUAUAUUUAUUGUACUGUAUAACAAUUCCAAAAUAUUUUCCCUGUUUUAAACAUCUCCACUUCCAAACAAUUUGUCUCUUAAGGUGCUCCUCCACUUGAAAGUACAUGUAACUGUCCCUAGUUUUUCUUGCAAGCUUCUCCCAAGAGAAAGCUGAGAGACUCCAUUCCAUUUGCAGGUAACAUUUGCCGAGAGCUACUCUUGAAGCUGAAAUUGCACAUUUGCAAGAGACUUUGGCUUCGUUCACAUGGAAUGUCUAUUUUCUAAAAAUCUAUUUCCUAUU